UUUUCAAAAUUUUAAUUGUAACUUGGAGUCUGCCGUGCUUUAUUUACAAUGGAUAUUGAAGAAAUUAGACAACUAAUUUUGAACUCAGAAAUCCCGCUGGUUUUUAAGGACGUUCUUAAAUGUGAACUAUUGCUUUGGGAUUUGAAUGACUGGAAUUCAAUUUUAAAAAACCAGCCUUUAGAAUUUCGUUGCGGAAAAAACUAUUAUACUAAGACCCCUCAAUAUGAAACCUCAACUAAAAAGAUUGUUGCCACAUUUCAAGAAUUUUUAAAUCAUCUAAUACAAGAUUCACCAGAAUGGUGGUACUUUGAUUACAAGUAUUUGAGGGAAUGGUUUACUCAGGUACAUGCCUUAACAAAUAAAAUAUCAUGGGGUCGGUUAGGUUUUCCUGAAAUCUCUGCUACAGAUACCACUAUCUGGAUUGGCUCGCAAGGUGCUCAUACUUGCUGCCACGUGGAUACUUAUGGGUGUAAUUUAGUAUACCAAGUAUUUGGACGUAAGUUGUGGAUAAUGUUUCCCCCUGAUGAAAAUUUGCAACCAACUCGUAUUCCUUAUGAAGAAUCUAGCGUUUAUUCAAAACUAAACUUCUUUAGUCCAAAUCCUGAGGAUUUUAUAGAUUCUGACCGAUGCCGUAAAGUCAUAAUUAAUCCAGGAGAAGUGUUAUUUGUGCCGCAUAAAUGGUGGCAUUAUGUGGAAAACUUGGAAACAUCUGUUAGUAUCAAUGUUUGGUUGCCGCUGCCUGAAGAUAAAGCCGAACAGGUGAAGGAAGCUGUGGCGCAAAUUCUUGUUUCCCAAUUGUCUCAGAGUUGUGACAGUGACCUUAAAACUAGCAUUUUCAACCCAAACAUGUUAAAUGCUAUACCGAGCUGCGAUCAUCUGAUUCAGCUUGUCGACAUGUGCCUAAAUAAUGUUGCUUCGGAAAGUUUUAGUAAAUUAAAAAAGACAAGAAUAACCGAAAAUAGUGUUAAAUUCUUUUUAAACAAGUACAAAUUUAUUGCCAGAAUUCCGCAGUUGAGGAGAGAAGAGUUUAGGGCCUUUUUAGAAGAACAAGCGGGUAGGUUUGAGAACCCAGAAAAUAAAGAUAUGUCCGACACGGAAGCUGUUAACAGUAGAAUAUUAAAUUUCAUUGAUGUACUAAUGGACGAUGACGUGUUAACUUUAAUUAGCAGUAAACUGGCCGAAAGAAGAUAAAGACUGUUCAAUUAUCUUUAAUUUUGAAAUAAAAGGGAUAUUUUCUACAAGAUUCUUUAAAUAUACUAAUUUUGGUAAUAUGAUGUUUGUAUUGGAGAAGGAAACACAAUAAAA